AUGUCAACGCACGAGAAGACCAAGCUUCACAACCGCGUCACUGGCCUCGGAUGGCCUCGGCCCGAGCUUGAGUACUUGUCCUUCCCCAGGGAGCCGGCCGCCCAACAGUGGUUGUGCAUCGUCCGGAUCAACAAGGGGGAGUGGGGUCGCGCGUACGGACCUUCCAGGCAGGCCGCCUCCGAGGCCGCCGCCACCGUCGCCUACGACGCUCUGACGCGAGCAGGCUAUUGAUCGUCCACAUUCCCUCACCUAUCACUCUUUUGCGCUAUCGCAGUCUCUCGCUCCUGUUUUUUUAACCCGCAUCUCCAGCUGUAUUAUAGUGCCAAGCGCGUAUGAUUUUGUGUCCUAGUUUCUGACAUCCGCUUUGCACCGUAG